UCUGGUAGGGCCGACCCGGAAGUGGGUGCUAGAAGUGUGAGUUUGGUCGCUGCGGCGCGAGCGCGAGCGGCGCGUGAGGCCGGGCCCGGGGGCUGGGGCUCUUCGGCUUGUGUGAAGAAAGCGCUGCCCUGGGACAGCUCCUCCUGGCCCAGGCGGCCAUUCGGCCCGAGCCCGAGGAUCCGCAAGCAUGUCUGACAACGAGGACAAUUAUGAUGGUGAUGACUUCGAUGACGUGGAGGAAGAUGAGGGUCUCGAUGACUUGGAGAAUCCCGAGGAGGAGGGCCAGGAGAAUGUGGAGAUCCUUCCCUCUGGGGAGCGGCAGCAGGCCAACCAGAAGAGGAUCACUACUCCCUACAUGACCAAGUAUGAGCGAGCCCGGGUUCUGGGGACCCGGGCCCUUCAGAUUGCGCCCUAUGCUCUCUUCCCUGUGCCACCAGUUGCCCAAAGUCACCCAGAAGUCAAAGGCCCAGGGCUCUGUUUGAUGUGGGGCUUCGUGACGCCAAGACUUCUGUUUUACACGUCUCCGUGUCCUGUCAAGUGUCCAGCUCUGGGCCCUCCGCGGAGGGAGCAUUCACGGGAGAGAUUGAUAAGUUCUUGGCCACGGUGGAGCAAGCACAUCUUAAACGGACAUUAACUUUGGAAUCAGAAUAGAAACGGAAGGAUUAUCCAUGGGUCUGCUCACUGGCCCUUCAUGAGGUUGGCAGCCUUGGCUAGGGUUUGGGCAGGUGGGCAAGGUCUGCAUCGGCUUCAGCCUGCCGCCUGGCGGUCACUGCUGUGUAGGACAAGCCUUGUGUGCGCCACCUGGUGGUCACUGCCCCGUGCUGCAGGCACUGCCCUGUGGUCCUUUUAGGCCUCAGCUGAAAGAGAGUGAGUUUGGAGCGGGUUUCAGUGGACAGCAUUGCAGAGUGUGCGUGUUGCCAAGUAGGAGGGCCUUUUUUUUAAUAAAUGAAUUCACAGAUGUGGUAGAUGUUAUCAUAUAGGUUCCGUAGUGCCUCUGAAUGAAUGCUUAUGUCAUGAAUUCCCAGGUUCAAGGCCUUUUUCAGUAGUGUCCAGAAUAUACAGCAUGCUUGUUUGUCAGACUGUCGUCUGCUGAGAGGAGGCAGGUCCUGAGUUUUAGAAAGCAGACGUCUGGUUGAAAUGAAGGCUUCAACUCUAGAUCUGAGGCUGAAGGGCAGACACCUUUUUUUCCUAUGAAACAUCACUCAUAAAAGCAUCAUCACAAGCCUCAUCAGCUACACUUCAUUUUGUCGGAUCUAGAAGCUUGCCCGAUCUGCUGUUCUUAUGGGGAAGCCGAGGCCUGUGCAAGUGUCAUGACUUGCCUGAGGCAGAGCCUUAGAUUGGGGGGGGGGACGGGGACUGCAGCCUGAAGGCCGCAGUUUUACAGAACCAAUCCUUUUAUGAAGUUUGGAUUCAGUCAAAGGGCUGCACUUGAGGACCUACAGGGCUACGUGUGGCCUCGAGGCUGCAGGCUCUCCACGCCUGCCUUAGAUAACAGGGUGUUAGAGCUAGCAGGGACCUCGGUGUCUGGCUCAACCCUCCCUUUUCACAGAACAGGCGAUUGAGGCCCCCAGGGGGAGGUGACAUUUCAGAGGUCUCAAGGUUCAUUAGUAAACAAUCAGGAUUGAAACUGAGACUAAAUGAAGUGCUUCUCAAAGAUUAAGUGUUAGCCAGUAUCAUCCUUCUUCUAUUGCUCCCAGGCCAGGCGGCUUCUGGCUAUAGCCUCCUUAGGCCAGAAAGGCCCAGCCCCUACCCUGAUGGGAAAUCUGGCCAGUGGAGACAAGGAGGGGCAUCUUCUCUCCCAAGUGAGCGGAAGUCCUUCAUCAGUCUCUCUUGGGGCCCAGAGACCUCUGCGGAGUUCGGUGGCCUCAUCUUUUCUCCCUCCAUCAGCUUUGCUGGAUUAAUUGCGUUGUCGGGCAGAGGGAGUCACUUUCUUCUUGCUGCCUUAGGUUCUGAAGGAUGGUGGUUCCUCCAGCCAAUAAGUAUAAGGCGGUAGUCCAGCCAGAGGCCUCCUAUCAGCUCUGGAAGGAACCAUGCAGAACUUUCAGUUAGCUCCCCCUCAUUUUACUCAGGAAAAGUAGGGCCCAGACCUGGGGAGUGACUUAGCUUGGGCCACACGGCCUCCUGGGUUUGCUGAGGUUUCCUCUGAUCUGGUGAAAGGAGAGAAGAGAGGAGGCCGUCCACAGAGCACUCCGUCCCUGGGGGUGUGAGAAGGGGCCCUGCAAGUGACAGGUCGCUCGGACAAGGGCUGAUUGUGUGGGACACCCUGUGGCCCCCAAGGGAACCACAGGCAGGUGACUUCCUCCCUCUCUGGCCUGCGCUCCCUGAAGAGGCCUGGACUGGGUACAUUCUGGCGGCUCCUCUCAUGCCGAUGGUGUGAGUUUCCUUUGUUCAACACAAGCAUGUGCCUCAGCACCCCAGCAAGGGAGGUGGCACACAGUGUCAUUCCCUCCAUUUUAUAGAUGAGCAAACUGAGACUGGGGGUAGCCUACCUGUGGAGGUCUCUCCUAGCACCAAAUCUAGCACUUUUCCCAUGAUGCCAUGUAGCUUCUCUUCUAAUUUGCUAAUGGUGUGAUCUUUAAUAUGCAGGUCGAGGGUCUAUUUUGAAUUUAUUGUGGAAUAAGCUAUAAGGUAUGGAUCUAAGGCUCAUUUUUCACCUUGUGGUUCAGGAGGAAAGAGAAAUCGGAUGAGAGCUUGGGCUUGGAGUCAGGCGUCCAGGCUCAGAGCCUGCCCUGCCCUGGAGCUGUAGCAGCUAGGUCAUCCUAGGCCCUGGAGCCUUGUACCCCGGCCCCUCUUCCAGGGUGGUUGGGAGGAGAGUGUUGCUCUAAUGCUUAUUAAUAAGACGGGCUCCCUGCCCUUGGGGAGCCUGGGAUCUUGUUGGGAAGAUAGGAUGUGCAUCAGUAUGAACACAGCUGGGGCCUAGCGUGGCGCUGCCCAGAGAAGGGCAAGAAGAUGCAUGCGGGCAGCAGCAGCAGCCACCACAGCUCUUGGGAAGACUUCCUGGGGGAGGUGGGCUGUCUAGGUGGCAUGGGGAGGAUGGUGGGGCUGGCAGAGACCUGAGUGCUGCUUUUUAGGCAGGAGAAAGAGCAGGCCCAAAGGCCCAGGAGAGGCUGUGUGGGCCCUGCCUUGCUGGUGGUCUUCAGACGGCCGUUUCUGAGGGCUUAGUCAGUGAGCAAGCGUUUGUUAGUUGUGUGCUGCUGGGUGUCAGGCACCGUGCUUGAUGCCAGGGAUGCAGAGACACCGCUAGUCGCUGGGCAUUUCUCCUGGGCUCGGGGUGUGUGCACCUGUUGACCUGGAAAGGUCCUCUUGGGCACUCCCCUCGUUGUGCAGAGGGAGAAGCGGGCCCAUCGAGGCUGAAGAGGCCUGGAGGCUGGAGACAGCUGUGACUCUGAGCAGCCUCACCCUGGCUGCGGCUCAGUCUCCUCCUGGGUAAAAUGGCGGGGAUCAGGCUUGUCCCACCUGUCUCAGUAGGAGCCCGCUCCCCAGCCCUUCCAUUGUUACUGUCCCUGUGGCUGGACUGUCUUUCCCAGAUCCUGCCCGUUUUGGAGGAUGCAGCGGUCUUCCUCAUCUGCAGUUAUCUGGGAGAGAGAGCACACAAAACCAGGGCCAGGAGGGACCUCAGGACAGCUGUUAGUUAGAACCGAAUCGGCGAGCUGGGAGGGUGAACCCAGGUGCUCAGAAUUAGAACUCAGAGCUGAGCACUGGGAAGGAGGGUCCUAGCUGGGAGAGGCCUGAGAGCGCCCCCAUU